UAAUUGAAAAUUAAGGAAAUCACAAAAAUAAUUUUAUCUAAACAGACAAAAUUUCUUACCAAAUUACAAUGAGUAAGGAUAUAUCGAAUACAACAGGCAUAUUCAAUACAAAAUUAACCAAGCAAGGAAGCCCGCAUAGUGUAGAAAGCAAACUGUUAAGAUUUGAAGAAAUUGUUAUUCCAAUAGGCAAAACAAAUGGAACAACGCCGUCACCCACCGCGACAGCAAAGAAUUUGAACGCAAACUACUCCGUUAGUAAACCACGACAAACAAACAAGGAAUAUAUGACAACACAGAAAGUAUAUGAUGUACUCAAAGAACCUGAAGAUUACAAACCAUUAAAAAGUUCACUAUCUCUGAAACCAAUUAAUAUGAAAUAUACAGCAGUGCCAUUGGUAGGGAAUAAAAUGAUUCAUAUUUCUUUUCCAACAUUCAUAAAUGCAAUGUUAAAAGAACAGCUUCCAACAACUAGUAAUGAAGCGGCGUUUCGUUCUAAACCUACAGUAACGGUUAAACUUCCCACUAAAGAUGCAUCACCUGCUGCUGCCACACCGGUUUUAGUUGAUGAUACCACAAAAACAACUAACACUACUAUUCCAACAAUUAUGAGACCAACUGCAGUUGUUUCUACUGCAAACCCAACAGAGUUGACCGAAUCUUUGAAGAAUUCUAAAAUUGACGUUAGUGCCUCACAGCCGCCAAAAGCAACAGCAACGACGACAGACUAUGAAAAAAAUAUAAUUGUUACAACAACAGCAGAGACAGAAAUUGAAAGUUUCAAUUCCAAUACGACUUCAACAUCUAGUUUGGAAAUAUCAGCAGUAGACAUAAACGGGAAAGUAUCUACUAAUACCGCAUCAAUUACAGCUCCAUCGGCUAGCACAACUAAAUCAAUAGCCUGUAAAAAUAUUACACAGAAAUUAACAUUCAACAAAAAGUCCGUCAUGCGUUCAGUACAUAUUCCACUUUCGAUUGCUUCGGAGGCACACAAAACUCUAGCUUUUACAGGACCUAAAAUGCCAAUUCGUCCUUUGGUCAAAUCCCGUAAUUGCGUUUUACUUUCGACAAAAUCAAAUACAACUGCUAAGGAUAAGGGCAUAAUUAAAUUUAUUCCGAAGAGCCCUUGGCCUAAGAAAUAUGUAGCCGACGAGUGCGACGUAUCGAACCCAACCGAUUCAAAUAGUAAUGACGCACUUAUUAGUAAGGAUGCAGAAAAGUUUCCUGCGGCUGGGAAAGAAGUUUUGGUUAUAACAACGGACAUCGAUACCAAAAAAACUGCUGUUAAUAUACCAAUAGUGCCACUGGUAGGGAAACGAAAAUAUACUGAUCCAGCCAUGAUGCCGAUACUUUCCUUUUCAUAUCAGAAAUCGCUUUCGGAUUAUAUACGAAAAGCAAAGGAAUUUCACAAACGCGCCAAAAUAUGUGCAACAGCAGCUUUAGCAACAAUUGAUAAUUCGAAAAUUAAUGAGGUAGAGAGUGCGAAAAAUUUUAUUUCAACCGAUUCAGAUGGAAGCGGUAACAAAGAUAAUACGAAUAUGAAAUGUGACCAUGAAUCGAAUCUUAAACAAGGUGAUAGCACUGCAGAACGCCGAAAAGAGGUAACGGCAAUGGAAGUUGAAGAGACGGCUAAUGGCGAAUCUGAAAACAAGGAAAAUAGUACAGAUAUGGAAAUAACAGAGAAGAUAGGUAGCAUAAAAUAUGUGAAAUCAACAAUUAAAGAUAUACACAACUUGAAAGAUAUGGAAACAGUUGAAAAGUUGGAAAAUGUGAGAACUACAAGCCUGGAUAACCUAAAAUAUCUGAAAGCAUUAACUGAUGUGAAAUCAGCGUCAAGCAUAGAUAACUUAACAAAUAUGAAAUCGGCGGAAAGCCCAAAAAAUUCAGAAGAUAAUGAAUCAGGUGAAAACACAGACGACUUGAAAAAGGAGGAGUCAGCCAAUGGCACAAAAGAAACGGAAAACAUCGAAUCAACGGAACGCACAAAUAACUCAAGAGAAAAGGAAACAGCGGAAGGAAUCAAAGACCUAAAAGAUAUAGAAUCAGCUGAAAACAGAGAUCUGCUAAAAGAUUUGAAAUCAGGUGAAGACACAAAUGGCCUGAAAGAUGUGAGGUCAGUCAAUGGCACAAAAAUAAGAGAAGAUAUCGAAUCAUUGGAACACACAAAUAACUCAAAAGAAAUGGAAACACCGGAAGGAAUCAAAAACCUAAAGGAUACUGAAGUAUCUGAAAACAAAGAUCACCCAAACGAUUUGGAAGAUAUAGAAAACUUAAAAGAUAUGAAAUCAACUGAAAGUGCAAAUAAUCUAAAAUAUGGGAAAUCAGCCGAAAAUACGGAAAAGUUGGAGGACAUCGAUAGAAAAAUCCUAAAAGAUCUGGAAUCUACCGGAGUUACAGAGAUCCUAAAGAACAUGGAAUCAACAGAACGCAGAAAAACCCCAAAAGGUUUGAAAGAUAACUUAAAAGUUAAGGAAUCAGUUGAAUAUACAGAUAACCUAAAAGAAGUUGAAUCAGCCGAAAGGACACAAAAUCGAAAGAAUGUGGAAUCAACUGGAAAUACAGAUAGCCAAGAAGAAGUGAAAUCAACACGAGCCACGGUAAACCUUAAAGAUAUCGAGGCAGUUGAAGGCACAGAAAGCCUUAAAGAAUUGGAAUCAACGGAAAGUAUAAAAAUCUUACAUGGUAUAGAAUCAGCUAAAUGUGCAUAUAAACCAGAUCUGAAAUCAGCUCAAAAGACAAAAAAUCGAAGCCAUUUUGAAUCAGCUGAAAGCAUACAUGGUAUACAAGAUUUGGAAUCAACUGAAAGUACAAAAUUCUUAAAGGUUUUAAAUUUAACUGAAAGCGCAGAAAACCUGAAAGUUGUGGAAUCAAUCGAAAGGGCAAAAAAUCCUAAGGAUAUAAAAUCGGCUGAUGAUUCAAAUAACGCAAACAAUAUAGAAUCUGCCGAAGUUAAAGAAAUGCGACAGGAUAAGGAAUGUGUAGAUAAUCGAAAAAAUAUUGCCACUACAGCGGAAAUGAGUAACCAAAUAGAUAUCGAAUCUGAUUUAUUUACCUAUGAAAUAUUCAAUAAUGUCAGUGGUAUUAAUAAUGCAAGUUCACGCAAUGAGCAGACCCAAACAAAAGAUAGCACAAUUAAGAUUCUGAAAAAUAUUUUUGAAUUAAAAGAAAAAGUUCAACAACAAGCGGAAGAAAUUAUGUCGCUAAAAGCUGCAAUGAAAUUGUUAAAGACACCAAAUAUGUUGAAUAGACCUUAAUUAAAACGUUAAUUUUAUGUGAUUACAACUAAUGUUUAAAUAUAUAAUUGAAAUAUUUUUAUUCAAAUAAAAAAUAAUAUUGCA